AUGGUAAUUGUGCAUGCUUCUGUGAUCAAGGUUGCAAAUCACAAACACAAUGGUAUCAGUUUGGAACUGUCAAAUUUUGCCUUUGUCACUGCGUAUGUCCACCACCAUACAAAAUCACAGCCCCACCAGCCAAAAAACUCCCAGCUCCACCAGCCAAAAAAUCUCCCAACUCCACCAGCCCAGAAUCCGUUUUUGCCACCAAAUUCUAGUGGCCAAAUGCAAAAACGUAAUGAUGCUGUUCCGGGCAUCUUCAGGUGUACAUUCGAGCUUGUAUCAUCACUAUCAAAUCCAGAGUUUCAGAUUAGUGCUGACUGUUGCAGUGUUAUUAAAGUGGUGGAAGAGGACUGUAUGGCACAAGCGUGGGUUCCUUACAUCAACUUGAUCCUUCCUCUCAAUCUCAAACAACAUUGCAAUAUGGCCUAA